ACACUGACAAUUCGUCACUACGCCGGCCACGUAAAUAGUUUGUCACAUUAGAAACUCAAACAAUUAAAAGAAAUACAGACGCAAAAUUCGCGCAUCAAACCAGUUUCCAUCGAUAAAACGGAAAAAAAAUGGAGUCAUUGACACGAUAUGUAUCACCCAUCAACCCAUCCGUAUUCCCACAUUUGGCAACCGUACUGUUGAUCAUCGGCACAUUUUUCACAUCAUGGUUCUUCGUUUUCGUUGUAUCACGGCCAAAAGGAUUCAGUAAAAGCAGUCUCAUCUUCAAGGAAUUGCUCAUCAGUUUGUUUGCCGCUAUAUUCCUUGGCUUUGGUUUACUGUUCCUGUUCCUAUCCGUUGGCAUUUACGUCUAAUCCAGUCUAAGAACAACUCUACCAAAUAUUGAUAACACUAAUGAUUUCAGUUCAAUUUGAUCUUAAAGAUUUGUGUCCGAUUUUGUUUCUUUCUAUUCUUCUCUUCGUUUUAAUUUCAAAUGCAAAUGGUUUAACAUAGCAACAGAAAAAAAAGAGAUACCAUCAUCACCAGCACAGAUAUAUUUAGCCAACGCAUCUGCAUUUCUACUGAUGUAUGUAUAUGUGUAAGAAUUCACACUAAUAAAUGAAAAAAAACAGAAAAAAAAAAUCGAUAAA